AUGACUGAUUUCACAAUCUAAUUAAUAAUAGUAUUUAUCGCCUGUGCUUUAUAGCUUAUAAAAUGUGGAUAUAUAAAAUCAUGGGACAUCAUAACAUUAGAUGAUUUUAGUGGUACACCUAAUAGAUUUUAGAUGUAUUUUAACCUAGAAUCUGGUUUAUCUGAGAAGGAGUAUAUUUAAAUAAACUUCCCUGAUCCAAAUAUUAAAGUCCUAAGCUCAGAUUUGUAUCUUUAUGAGAGUUCUCUCCUUUUAGUGUCUGGAGUCAAUUGCAUAAAUUAUGUUCCUUCAUUAAAAAAUUACUACUGCUAAUACGGAAUAGCUUUAAAUGCUACAACUUGGUAUUCAAUAGUCAUGCACGUCGACCCAUCAUUAAUAAAUUGGUCAAUUUCAUAAAUUGAACCUGUCGAAAUGAUUACAGUUUCAAAUACCUGCUAUGGUAUAUUAAAUUGUUCACCAAUAAUAUAUGAUAUGAAUAAUUACUUUGGCUAUCUCUUAAGAACCCAAAUAGGAAUUAACAUACAAACAACUUUAAUAAAAGUGAGUUUCAAUACAACAAUAAAUUCACAAACAAUUCCUGGUUAUAUAUAUAAUACAUAUUUGGAUAUAACACCAGGAAUAAGCUACUAUAGUGGUGCUAUUUAUACAAUUACAAUUAAUCCUACAACAACUUUAACAGAUCCUAUUUUUAACUUUAAAUUUGGACUUUCAUGUUUCUCAGACAUUUUAGAUUGUUAAGUUAACUAUUCUCCUAUGUGCACUUCUAUACCAUAGAUUUAAAAUUCAACUUGUAGCGUAAACUAAAAUCUUAAUUAAAUUAGUUUCUAGAUAAAUCAACCAAUCUUUGUUGGUUAAACUUUCAGAAUUAAUGUUUAAAUUUAUAAUCCUCUCUCUUCUCCUUAAAAGGCUGAUAUUAGGGUGCAUGGAUAGGAUAUUACUACCUAAAGAACAACAGAGAAAGGAGUUGCUGCAAAUGCUCUUUAGACAUAAAUUAUUUAAAUUACAAAGAGUAAAUUUAAUUUUAUGUGGGGAAUGUCAUAAUAAGAACAAGGACUAUAAAAUUCGCCUUAUAAGUUGUUUAGUUCUGUUAAUCUUCCUACUGUAAAUAGUGUUUACAUUUCAUUUUAAGUCAACUUAGCUAUACCAAUCGGUUAGGAAUAUAAAGUUUUAGUAUGCUUAGGAAAAGCAUUGGGAAUAAUAGAAAACUCUAUUGUAACUAAUCUUCCUGCUUUAAACUUAAACUAAUAUCCACUCUGCUACCAAUAAGUCGAUUCUUUUAAUAAUGUUUAUGUUGCUUGUGAAUAAGUUGGUGCAUUGAUAUAGUAAAAUUAAGAUUACUUUGUUUCAGUGAAAGUAUCAUAUGCAUCUACAAUUUCUAUUGCAUAAGGAUAUGGAGGAGUUUAAAUUUUUUUAAAAAAUUAUCCAAGCAACAAAUUAUACAACCCAUAUCCUGGAGAAAAUAUUAAUAUUAAAAUUAAUGAUGAAUUUUACGAUGUUAACGGAUUUAGUCUGGCGUAUGGACUUGGAACUACAUAAAUCGUUUCUUACACUGAUAGUGAAUAAUAUUCAGCUGUACCAAAUGCAGUAGAAAAUUUUCUGUCAUCUGAUAUGUCAAAUACCGUUGGUAUAAUUCCUUCUGAUGUAUCAAACUAGCUGCUGCUUUUCUUUUUGAAAGUUGACUAAAGCUAAUUGAUUCCUUUAUCUACAAGUUUUCCUUAGUAUAUGAUAAGAAUGAAUAUCUUAUAUAAUCCUAAUGUUAUAAUUUAUGAAUAAGGAUAUGAUUAAAUGGGUCUCGACUUUGCUGCCUUUUAAACAGCAACUGCCUCUGAUCCAAAUAAAUGGACUGUUGAUUAAAUCUAGUGCUAUAAUAAAUUAAAGUGUUCUUGGUACAAUUAGCAAGCAGCUGUGAGUCCUUUAAAUUAUCUUUAAACAAGCCCUCCAACUGCUACCGUUCCAUAUAAUAUAUAAAGAUUCGAAUGCAUUUCAACUCAAGUUAGUGAUUGCAACAAUUGGAGGGGAUUUUCAGUUUAAUAAAAUGGAAACGGAGGAGUUUUUGCUAUGAGAAGAAUUAAGUUUAGAACGGGAUUUCACUCAUAGCUGUAAGCUGAUGAUGAUUUAUUAGAUUUUGUAAUAUGGUUUGAUUAUGCUAAUUAUGCAGCUGGAACACCCUUAUCAUAUACAGUAUAGUCAGCUUAGCUAAUUAAUGCAUAUACAAUUUAGCUUAAUCCUCUUAAAACCUCUAAAAUAAGUUAUAUCAACUUCAGUGAGAAUUCAAUCAACCCAGGUCACAGAUUUCCUACUUUUUUAAGAGUAGGUGGAAGCAUAGCUUAAACUGAAUACCUAGGUGCUCCUGCAAUAGCAGUUUUUUUUGAUGAAUCUGUUGAGCUAAAACCCUACUUAAAUUUCUAUAAUCCUCAAGGCUAAGCUUAAAAGGAUAUUGGAUGCUCAGCUAACAAUUGCUAUUUUUAUAAUUCGAAUGGAAUUAGCGGAAAAGAAACAUGGAUGAAUUACAACAUGGUAUUGGCUACAGGACUAACAGAUAUAGAAAAUGAUUUUAAUUUGUUAAUACCAAUAUAAAAUAAACUAUAUGGAUCUCAAAUUUUAAUGCCAAAGCGUCUUGUUGUGGCCUUUUGCGAUUUUUCGAAAACAUCAAACGGAGUUCCUAAUUAACUUAGAAUAGUUAAUGUAUUUAGGGUGUACGGUGCUCCUACUUAUAGUAAUAUAGCUAAUCCAAUUAGCCCUAUUUUCUCAGCUAUUAUCACAAAUGCACCUUUAUCAUUCACAUCUAGUUAAUGGUCUGUUACGCCAGCUAACUAAAGUUAAUAUAAACUGGAUAUGACUAAUGUUUAACCUUUAGGCACAGCAAACACUUCUAUUUAAGAUUAAGGCUAAGUCUAUCAAAAUCAUAAUAACAAUUUUAAUCCUGGAUAAUCAGGAGCAGGUGUUACUAUCUCUUCUUUGUAUUAUAAUGUUUUUGGGCCUAGUACUUUGGGCUUUACAAACCCACCUUUCGGAGUGUCAUAGUAUUGUACUAAAUUUAAUUAUAUUUAUAAUGACAUAAUAGGAUAAUAUCCAGACUAAGACAAGUUUACAAUAUACAACGUAUAUUGUCCUAUUGAUGCUAAGCUAUUAGGCACUAUAUCUAUAACUUGGAUAAAUCCCUUUUUUAGUUACUAAUUUGCUUACUAACUGUAACUCACUCCAAUUUUUAUGUAUUCAUUUUCUUCUGGAUAAGGCAAAGUUUAUUCGUACUAACAAGAAUCAUAAUCGGUGGCUACAUAUUAUAACACAUGUAUAGUAAACUAAGUCAUGAAUAAUAUUUACCCCAUGUCAGUAGGUAAAUAAGCAGUAGAUUUUUCAAUUUAAAUCAAUGCUAAAACUUCUUUAGAUCCUUCUUCAUAAACAGGAUAUGGUUUUUUAGUAAUCCAAAUAAAUUUCUCAGUAAAUUUAUCUUCACUAGCCUUAGCUUCUUCAGUUUGUGAUUUAAAUAACUAUUUAUCAAAUUAUUUUACAUGUUCAGUUUCUUAAUCAACUUAGAAAUGGUAAGUAGUCUUAAAGCCGACCUAAAAAUACCUUUUAGAUGUAAUUGAAUAUCUCCUUUUCACAGUGUAUGUUGAUGCAAGCUCUUAAGCUUCUGUAUCUGGUGUUAAAUAUGACAUUUUAAUAUACUUGCCAACUUAAAAAAUUACAGGAGGAAGAGUUUUUGGAAAUAUUCUUUCAACUCCCUUAACCACUAUUGGAAAUUUUAUUCUUUUUUCACAAUGCUUAUCUAAUAACUUUUUAAUGUCUACUUAACCUUAUUUGAAAGUGUUGACUAUAAAUAACUUAUAAUUUGAAGUUAAAAAUGCAAAUUACAAAUCUCCUUUUAAUUUUACAUUUUCUUCAUCACCUAGAGAAAGAUUUUAUUCUACUUCUUUCUAUUCCUUUGACUUUGGAUUUUUGAUUGCACCGUACUAAGCUAUACCCUCAAGGAGUAAAUUUAUAAGAUGCUCUGUUUAUGAAGCUCCUACAUCUAUUACUGUAGUUCCUAACGAUUAGUUUAAGUUAAGUUGGAGAUGGAGUUAUAUAGUAUAUAAUGCUAACUUGAGAGAUAUUAGAAUAUAUCCAAAAACUUAAUUUAGAAAUCCAGAUUAAUAUAUUUUUACUUUGAAAUGCUUAGGAACAUACACACCAAGUAGCUCUUCAAGUACUUUUAAUAUAUAAGGAUAAUGGAUGGAUGGAGCAGUAGUAAUCCAAACUAGCUAAGUCACUGGUAGCUACUCUUAUGCAAUGGCUAUUAGUAAAGGUGUUAUUGAUCCAACCAUUUUAUCUCCUCUCUACAUAUCUCUUUUCUCUAAAUUAUUUAACUAAUAAGGAUUUGAGUCUUCUUACACUUUCUUUAUUAAGCCUACAAUAAAUUUAAAUUAUUACACAAGAAUCUAUAUAAAUUUCCCUUAUUAUGUAGGAGUUGGUGUAAAUAGAGAAGUUAAUCCUGAGUGUUAUACAAGGGUUAAAAAUAUUCCAACACCUAUCUAGUAUUAAGAUUUUAAAUUAGCUUAUUGUGAGUUAAUUAACGAUAAUAGACUAGUCCUUUGGUUUAAUUAAAAUGUUUAUGCAAAUAUUGAAUUCCAUAUUGUUAUCCAUGGAAUAUCUUAACCAGAAUUGAAAAAUAAAGAUCCAACAGCUAGUGAUAAUGAAGUAUGGAUAGGUAUCGAUGACGAUGCUAUACUUUCUAAUGGUAUCAAAUAAUUUUCCUAUAUAAGCACACCACGCGCUGAACUAACUGUUCCUAGUCAAUAUUCUUUUAUAAUUUCUUCAGUUUAAAUUUCAAAUACUUUAAUAAGAUCUGUUUACAACUUAAAUAUAGCUUUUGAUGUAACUAGUACUUAGCUAAGCUCCUCAAUUCCAAUUUAUCUUUAGCUUCCUUCCAGUUUCUCCAAUAAUUAAAUAGGAUAAGUAAUUACAUGCACUCUUAUUCAAAUAAAUACAAACACAGUUUUAUCAAAUACUGCUUGUGUAUUUUUUACCUAAAGACUUAUUAAAAUAACAUUUUCAUCAGUUCCAACAAAUACUUGGUACAGCUAUAAGCUAUUAUUAGAAGGAAUAUAUUCUCCCUAAUAUAUUCCUGAAUAAAUUUAAAAUUAUAUCAGACUUUAUCUUUUUCAGUCUCCUGAUUUGGCAAUAGGUUCUUACACUACAAAUGUAGUUGGGAUAAGUUUAAUUUAAUAAUCAAAUUAUUAUUCAUUCACCAAUGAUACAACUAAAAUAGACUUGAUUUGGUUUAUUUAUGGUAUGAAUAAAUAAGUAAAUUCUACAAAUAUAAAUAUGAUAAUACAAUCUUAAGUUCUUCUUAACACAAGAACAGUGAUAGUCAACAUAGGAUAUUACAGUAAAUUGAUAAAUCUAUAACCUGCAAACAAUCAAACUUAUCUUAUAUCAUUCGGGAUUAAUCUUUCUGGAUUCGCAAAUCUUUUUAAAUUAAAGCCCGCUACCCUAUUUACAAUUAGGGGUAGUAAUAAUAUUUAAUUUACAAUGGGAGCCUUGACAACUACAGCGCCUGGAAUUUAUUCACUCUCUGCAACUAAAAUUAAUGAUAAUGCUAAUUUAUAUUCAAUAAUACCAAACCUAAAAGUAAUAGUUAGUUCUGAGGCUUGCUAAAUAAAUGCGAGGUAAUACUACUAUGAAAUUCCUGUAAGUGGUAUUUCCUUACCCAUUGAAUUAGACUUUUAUAAUUGCAUGCCGUUAGAUAAUGUGAUAUUUACUCCUUUGCUUUAAAAUACAAAUUCUAACAAUCUAGACUUCGAUUAAAAUUACCUUAUCAAUAAAAUUACUGGUACUUCAAAUGAUAGUAGAAUGUAUUUCUUACUUAAAGAUUUAACUCAUAAUCCCAGUAAUGUUAAUUUAUAAAUUUUAUUGACAUUUUAAGUUAGCGGAGUAAACUAAUUAGCAUACUUACCUCCAAGCUAAAUUACUAUAAAGUAUAUUUCUCAGAACAAUGUAGCCCCUUUAGCUUCACCAAUCACAAUUCUAUAAGUUUUAUAAAAUUCUGUCUCUUUAUAAAUUCAAUGCAACUAGCCUGGAAUGGCAUUCUGGGUAAUAGGCAUAGAUCCUUCUACAUAGAAUAUAGCUUUUAAUGAUAUUCUAAAUAUUGUUACUGGAGUUAAAGGUUUAUAACCAACUGUUUCUUCUUAUAAAGAUCUCAAACAAAAAAUUUAUGGAGUUGAUAUUUCAUAUAUUAAUUAGCCUAUUUAUAAAACUUUUGAUAAUUUAAAGGCAAAUACUUACUACUCAUUUAAAUAUUAUUGCUAAAAUUAGAAUUAACUAACUAGUGUAUUUUAAUCAGUAACUUGGAAAACUCUUAGUAAUGGAUCAUAUCUCUUAAAGAUAACUUUCUUUUUUAAUGGCUUGCUUACGUUUCAGUAAACUAUGUAAAUAACAUGCUCAAUUUAAAAAUAUUUCACUUUGCCAAGUUAAAGGGUGUUAUCAGAUAAGGAUACACAUUGUAAUUAAUAUCCAAAUUACAAGAAUUUUAAUUAUAAUAAUAGAGAUGUUAGGAACCCAAUCAAUGCUAACUACCCGUACAUGUAUUACAUUCUUCCUGAUUACACAAUAUAACAAGAUAACACUAAUUUUUUAAUUAAAUAACAAAUCAUAAUGAGCAACUUUAUAAAUAACUUCAUUCCCUAUCUUCCAAGUUCUUCAAAUUAUCCUCAAAUAGUUUCUGUUUAAACUUAAGAUAAUAUAUUUACUCGUACAAUUGAUAUUGCUGUAGCUUAACCAAAACAAGUGUUUACCACCACAGCUUUAACUUAUUUAAAGUUAAAAAAUUUGGAUGGAUUUAUUAUAGUUGGGAUUGAGUAAGGAAAAUCAAAUACUUCGCCUUCCCCAGACUAAAUUAAGAAAGGAUUAAAUUUUUAUGAUUAAAAUUUAUUUAGUUUUGAAAUGAGAUACUGCUAAAGAGAAGUAAUCUAAGAAUUCAAGUUUAUCUAACUUUAGCCAGGAACUGAUUAUACUGCAUAUUUUAUUGGCUCUGUAGAUGAUCCUAGCUCAGAAGCUGAAGUAACAUAACCUAUAAUAAUUUCUUUCACUACCUAAGAUACAAUUCUUGUAGUUUAGACAAUUAACGCUAAAGUUUUGAAUGUUUGUUUUGUUUUUUUGUUACUAAUCAUACUAUAAUGA